CGACUGUCGCAGGACGCCUCCGCCGCGCACUUUACGGCACACACGUGCUUUCUGCGCUCUUAUGUGCCCUUCACUGCUCCACAUCGCAUCCAGAGACGAUCUUUGAUUAAAUCUGAAUUAAAUGAUGUCCAAACUGAGUAAUGAGAGUGAAAUGAUGUCCAAACUGAGUAAUGAGAGUGAAAUGAUGUCCAAACUGAGUAAAGAGAGCAAGCAGCGGCUGCAGCAGGUGUUCCAGUGCGGCCAGUUCAUCAUCCGCUGGGGUUUCAUCCCCACCGUGUUGUACCUGGGAUUCAAGCGUGGAGCUGAUCCAGGGAUGCCUGAACCCUCGGUGCUCAGUUUGCUUUGGGGAUGAAGACGCUCCUGACAGAAACUCCAGACCUAUUCACAAACCUCAUGAAGACAUCCAUCGUCUCACGAGACGCUGUGCUCGGAUGUAAAUACUCCAGUAACGUUUGUGUUAUUUCAAGACUUCUGCUUCCUCUUUCUAAAACACUGCAAUUGAGAAACGCACAAAAUGUAACCGAGCUUUCUUUGUUUUUUUUUUGUUUUUUUAUUAUUAUUGACUCAAAUUAGAUGCAUGGUCUCAGUUUUUCAGUUUCAAAUAAACUAAACCAGUUCAUCAGCACUGAUUUCCAGCGUUGUACUAAGGCCAUGCACAGGCGAUAAAAAUAAAUUCCACAAAUAGUGCAUUUAUAAAUAUCAGUGUUGUCAAUAAAUUAACAGACUCAUAAAUAUUAAAUU